AUGCAUGAUUAUAAGGGACAUUCCUCAACGCAAUCCACCGAUUUUACAUCCCUUGAGGCCUUAAUGAAGGAGUACAUGGCAAGACAAUCAGUAUCACUAAGAGCUUUAGAGAACCAAGUUGAGCAAUUGGGAAAUGCAUUGAGUAGUAGACAACAAUGGGUGCUGCCCAGCAAUACUGAGAACCCAAAGUUACAUGAGAAACCUCCACGUAAUGAGUAUUGCAAGGCCAUUAUAGCUGGAAGUGAUCUUCGCAUUGGGAAACCUAUUGAGGACCCUAAGAAGACUAUUGAUGACCCUAAGAAGACUAUUGAUGAAGAGGCUACAAAGUAUGACAAAGUCAAUGCAGAGGUUGUACCGAAAGCCACGAAAGUUGAUGGGGUUUACGAUGAUGGUCCUAGAUGUAAUCCAAAUGCUCGUCUUCAUGAUAACCAACUUAUCAUGAAGAGACAUCUAAAGAUCUCUGUCAUGGACAUGACAACCAUUAUUACUCUGUGCCAAGAAAAUAACAUUCCUGGUAUGUUUAAACUUUUGUAA